AUGUUCCAAGCGGAAAUUCUUGAUGGAAACAUUGAUUUGUUUUGGGUUAUCAACACGAGGCAGAAACACUCUUGGUUAGUAAACAAGCUGCUGGACUCUAGGGAGGUGGUCUAUCCUUGGAUAAAGAAGCAAGUACAGAGUGGCGAGACCACUUAUUUUUGGUCCUCAAACUGGUCACCGUAUGGAAAACUGUCGGUCUAUCUGAACAAUGCUGGUUCUUCGCGUUAUCCAGUAAGAAAAGACACUACUCUUGCAGAACUAUGGGAGAACGGUGCGUGGACUCUCCCAAACGCACGUUCUGAUCGCCAGCUUGAGGUUAUCUCUUACCUCUCUACCCUGACACUAAACGAUUACAAUGACGACUUUGAAUGGUGGCCUGGAGCUCAUAGACAAAACAAGUUCCGCACAGGGGCACUUUAUCACUUGCUUCGCCCAACGGCACUGACAGUUUCAUGGCAUAGGGAAGUAUGGUUCUCGGGCGGGAUACCAAAGCAUAUGUUUCUAGUCUGGCUAAUGGUCAGAAACAGGUGCCCCACUCGCGAUAGAAUUCGGAGUUGGGGAUUGCAAACAGACCCGCGGUGCCUGUAUUGUAAUGCAGCCGACGAGUCUAUUGCUCAUUGUUACUUUGAAUGCAGUUUUACUUGGGGAAUUUGGAAGGAGAUAGCAGCUAAAUGCAGGUUCGCUUCAGUCAGGCAGUGGAGUAAUCUACUCCCUCAACUCAACAGCCACACAACAAACAAGGUCUCCAAAACUCUCCUUCUUCUCUGCUGGCAGGCAACGUUAUACAUUCUCUGGAUGGAGCGAAACAACCGGCUUCACAAUGCUAAUUUUACUGCUCCGGAUGGACUGAUCGCUCAAAUAAAACUGACGGUUAAAAACAGGAUCUCGAGCUUAAGGACGGACAGGCCAAAAUUCUCAUCCUCCCUUCUUCAGUUGUGGUUCUCUACCUAA